ACGGUCUCCCAUCCUCUUCAUCCAGACUUCGGAACCCGACGUCCUCUGUAGUUCAAUCUGUACCACAAAUGGCGUCCAGGAUCGUGGUCAAUACGCUCAAGGCUUCUGCUCGGCCACGCGCCCUCCCUAGCUUUGCCCGGGCUGUCAACGCGCGCGCAAUGAGCUCGAAUCCCCCACCUGAGCAGCGCGCAGCAGAAAUCCUAAAUACCCUUCCUUCCUCGCCGAGUCUAAUCACCAAGACUGGUUCUGCAAUUCUCGGCACCGGUCUUGUUGCAACUGCUAUCUCCCAGGAGCUCUAUGUUGUGAACGAGGAGACCGUCGUUGCUGCCGGCACUUUCAUUCUUCUUGCCUACAUUGCCAAGCUUGUUCGGGAACCAUACCGUGACUGGGCAAAUGGUCACAUUGAACGCAUCAAGAACAUUUUGGAAAGCUCGCGAACAGAACACACUCAGGCAGUGAAGGACCGUAUCAACUCCGUCGAGCAAAUGAAGGAUGUCGUUUCACUGACUCAGGGUCUCUUUGCUCUCUCGAAGGAAACCGCUCAGCUGGAGGCAGAUGCAUUCGUCCAGCAACAGAAGGUCGCUCUUGCUUCCGAGGUGAAAGCUGUUCUCGACAGCUGGGUUCGUUAUGAGCAGCAACAGAAAGAGAGCGAACAACUUGAGCUCGCCAAGAGCGUGAUUGCCAAGGUUAUGGCUGACCUCCAGGACGAGAAGGUGCAAAAAGAUAUCCUGACCAGCGCAGUCGCAGAGGUUGAGCAGCUCGUGAAAAGCAAAGCAAUCUAGAUGCAUACCUGGUGAUCAAUAAUUGAUUGUGGCUAGGUAAUUCAUGAUAGAGUCGCGUAGUUUUUCUAUAUAGCCAACUUCUAUCAUCCUACGAGUGCAAUUUAUUCGUGCGGUCAUUUCA